AUGGAUUUGGAAUCGAGAAUAGCACUAUUUUCUCAAACGCUUCCUCAAACAACCGAAUCACUCAGUCAUCGCUAUCGCGGUAACAAAGCUAUGGAAAACGGCGACUACAAUAAAGCCUACGCUGAAUAUUCGAAAGGAAUCACGAUUAACCCGCACGAUCCAGCACUAUGGUGUAACCGAGCAUUGACUUUCCUUAAACUUGGGUAUCCAGAACUUGCCAUAGUCGACGCUCAACGCACAAUCAAUACGCUUGAUGAAUUCUUUAGGGAUUACAAAAACGAAAAUUCUGCAAUGAGGAUUCCACCGAUUUUAAAAGCAAGUGAAAAAUUGUCUAUAGAUCAAAAAAUGAUUCAACUUAAAUGUAAAGCUAAAUAUCGCGAAUGCUUGGCGUUGGCGAACCUGGAGCUUUAUGUGUGUGCAACUCGGUCCUGUAAAGAUUUGCUCAAGUGGAAAGAUCUUUACGCCGACGCUAAUGUUCCCUUUAACUGGAAUGACGUACAAAGCUUGCUCGAGAAUUUUGAAAAGAAAUUUGAUGAAGGGUGUGCUAGAAUAGGUUAUGAUCGAUAUAGUGAGCUUGCUGAAAAUUAUGGAAAAUAUAAAUUUAAUGGAAGUUACCCAUGGGAUUCCCGCCAACAAAAUCGAGCAUCAGAUGAAACGUUCGAUAAUUUGCAGCAGCAAAUUUUACAAGCAUCAUAUUCUCAAGCUAAAAUAGUUAAAAUGACUUUUGAGGAGAGUGGUGAAGAGAUUCAAUAUGGCCUAGAAGCACAGUGCAUAAUUCCGAAACAUAAAGUGAUAUUUGAAGAAGCGCCAUUUAUCAGCGUUAAUAGCAAAAUUAACGAAAGGUGUGAUUAUUGUAAUUCAGAAGAUUUUUUACUCAAAUACAUCUGCCCGAAAUCCGGAUGCAAAGAAAUCUUCUGUAAUGUCAAUUGUUAUAAACGUGCAUAUGAGCUUUAUCAUAAAGUCACGUGUGGCAAGGAUUUUUCCGAAAUCGUAGAAAUUGUUCAAAAUGGUGUAUCCACCUCUGCGCUUACUCAUCUAUACCCGAUCAAACUCUUUGCAAUUGGCAAAAUUCGUGACAUCUGUCCCUUGGACAUUGACGAAAUCAAACAUCUUCGACGAUGGGAGCAUGAGUAUGUCACUUUUCAAGCAACCAUGCUUUACGUCUACGAUAAAGUUAUGGCGCUCUUGGGUAUUCCCAUUGGUGACCUUCGAUUCGAUUUCUGGGUGUUUAUUUCGUUGUGUUGUGCCAUGCAGGGCAACGUAUUCGGUGAUAAGACAGUCAAUUCAGUCCCGGAUUACUCUUCGAUAUUUACGUGGAUCUCUCUUAUCAACCAUGAUUGUAAUCCAAAUGCAAUAUUGGAAAUUAAUGAGAGUAAAUGGCAAUUGAAAGCAAAUAAAAAAAUCAGAAAAGGAGAUGCAAUUACCCUGACUUAUGUUGGUUAUACAUGGAUGAACAACAAGGAUCGGUGUCGUAUGUUGUACCUGUUUCGUGGAAUAAAGUGCAAGUGCGAAAAUUGUAUCGUUUAUCUCGAUCAACUCACUAGAAACUGA